UCAAUUUGCUCAAUACCCUUAGUCCCCUCAAUCAAACAACAUCACUGGUUCUGGAAAACCCUCCCUUGCUGAAUCGGUUCCUCCGGUUAUCCGAGUUGCGCUGAAAUUGAAGUCCUGACCCUUUUCGAUUCAGUGUUCAAACUGCAGUUUUAUAAAGGCUUCUUCAAUACUUGCCCUAGCUGCCUUGCCCCACCUCUGUUCCAUAGGGGAGCUGCUACUUAAAAGAGAUGGGAUUACCAAAGUCUUCUGAGGACUUGUCAUCGGAGAUGGAGGUUGAUGCCUUUAGACGCCUUUUCCCACUUCGUUAUUUUGAGCGUCAUCUUGCAGAAUCAAUAAGGCCUGAUGGUAGGGCACUUGGAAAAAGCAGAGAAACAAGUAUUUUUCUUGGUGCUGUUUCGACUGCUAAUGGGUCAGCUCUAGUGAAGAUUGGAUCAACUACUAUGUUGACUGCUAUUAAAAUGGAGGUUAUGACACCCUCCUUGGAGUCACCAAAUGAGGGCUGUCUAGCUGUUGAUUUCUUCAUGCCUCCAAUUUGUUCUCCAAUUGUUAGGCCUGGCAGGCCUGCUGAAGCAUCACCAGUGGUGUCAAAGCAGUUGUCCGACACCAUUUCAAGUUCUAGAAUGAUUGAUUUGAAAGAAUUGUCUCUGGUUAGUGGAAAAGCUGCAUGGAUGACUUACUUGGAUAUCUAUUGUUUGGAUGCUGAUGGUGCUCUUUUUGAUGCCGCUUUACUUUCUGCUGUUGCUGCUUUAUCUCAUUUGCAAAUUCCUGCUGUUGCCAUGAAUGAUGAUGGCAAGAUAGUACUUGUGUCUGAUGAAGAUGGACAAAACCAAACACAGGAGCCAGUCAAUAAGGAAAAGAGGAAGCUUACAUUAAGAAGCAUUCCGUUCUCAUUAACAUGCAUACUUCACAAGAAUUACAUCGUGGCAGAUCCCACCGCAGAAGAAGAAUCAAUUGUGGAAACCCAUUUGACAAUAGUUUUGGAUACAUCUGGCCAACUACUAUCUCUUUACAAGACUGGUGGGCCGGUUCUUGCCCAUCCUUCUACUAUCCAGGAUUGUGUAGCGUUAACCCGGCAAAGAGUAAAGGAAGUAAAAGGCCUCUUAGACAAAGAAAAUUCUGCUAUGGAAGUUUGAGUAGAAUUAUGCAAUCAUCUAUUUUUGGCCUGAAUGUUUGUUUAAAUUUGUACAUUCUAGAUACUACUGCGGCAUUUCAUUAUAAAAAUGGUUCUUUUCAUGAAUGUUAUACCCAU